CAAAUAUUUAUUGGAAUUUGGAACUGUGUUUUAGAAAUUGGGCUGUAUAAUUUUGUAGAUUGUGUUUGAUAGUUUUGUGAGUUUUUCUUGCCAUGCCAAGAAGUAUUAUAGAAUACUUUGCGGAAAAUGAAAAAAGUAAAUGUGGAUAUUGCAAGAAGCCUGCUUCAAAUUAUAGCCAUGGUUUAUGGGCCCAUUCAAUGUCCGUUUCUGACUACCAAGACCUCAUAGACAGAGGAUGGAGACGAUCAGGAAAAUAUUGUUACAAACCAACCUUAGAUAUUAUUUGCUGCCCAAUGUAUACUAUUAGAUGCAGAGCUUUAGAAUUCAAAGCAUCCAAAUCACAGAAGAAAGUAUUAAAGAGAUUUAAUAAAUAUUUAAUUGGUGAAUAUGAGCUUGUGACUGCUGAAAGGAAAGCAUCAGGUUUAAGUGAGGAUAUGAAUAUAGAUGAAUCUGGCGGAGAACUUUUUGUUAAAAGUAAACAGGAGCCACUUAAAAUUGAUAUUGAGGCAGACCUAAAGUAUAUUGACAGCCCAGAUGAUAGUAAUUGCGAAGAUACUGUACAACCAUCUAAUUCAAAUCAUAUAUCAGGGUCAGAUAAAAUCAAAGUAAACAGUAAUACAGAGCAGGGUCCUGAUCCUAACAAACCUUCUUGUAAAAAAGCUAAACAGAUGAGAAUAGAACGUAAAUUAGAAAAACUUAAAGCCCAAGGGAAAGAGAUGAAUGUUCUCUUGAAUACUAAAAGUAAAGAGAAACAACUUGAAGAUUUUAUUAAAGAUCUGCCAGAGGAAACUAAAAAUAAUUUAGAGAUUAAAUUAGUUAGAACAACUUCAUCAAGUGCGGAAUGGAGAGCAACAGCUAACGAAACACAUGCAGUGUAUGUCAAAUACCAAAUGGCUAUUCAUGGAGACACUCUAGAGAAAUGUACUGAACCAAAGUUUAGAGAAUUCCUUGUGCAGAGUCCAUUAGUGGAGGAAUACUCCGAAGUGGGUCCACCUUGCGGCUAUGGUUCCUUUCACCAACAAUACAGGUUAAAUGGCAAAAUAAUAGCAGUUGGUGUACUGGAUAUAUUGCCCAAAUGUGUUUCUUCUGUAUAUUUCUUCUAUGAUCCACAAUAUACAAACCUCACUAUGGGCACUUAUGGAACAUUGAGAGAGAUUGAAUUUACGCGUCAUCUCCAUUUAAUAUGCCCUGAACUAAAGUACUAUUACAUGGGCUUCUACAUACACUCAUGUAAAAAAAUGAGAUAUAAAGGCGCAUACACACCGUCGGACCUUCUAUGCCCUGAGACCUACAAUUGGUUCCCAAUAAAGGACUGUAUACCCAAAUUAGAACAAUCCCCAUACUCAAGACUUGAUCCGGACUUGAGAAGAGUUGAUGGAAAUAUGCCAAGUGAUAGUGAUAUUAAUUUUAUUCCGGUUCUGUGUAAAAGUCAAUUGUUGUCAUAUAAGGUGUAUCGGAAGAAAGAGGGGAAGAGGAAUGAUGAUGCUCAAGAAAUAUUGCAGUAUGCAAAUUUGGUUGGUGCAAAGUCUGCUAAAAGUUUGAUUUUGGUUAGGUAAUUCAUUUAUUAGUUAACAUUAUGUGGGUACUUAACAUAUUAGUUAAUUCAUUCAUUCAGUGCAUAUAAAAAAUAGCGAUAGCUAAAUAUUAAAAAAAAUGUGUGUGAUUUUUCUCCUUUCCUUUUUGUUAAAAAGAUACAAUUGUUUGUCAAGUGUGGCGAAAUCAUGCUUUAUUUAAAACCUUUUAAACGGUUUUUUUAUUACUUAAACAAAAGCUGGUCUCAAAGUUAAAAUAUUAUUCAUCAUUUUUAUAAUUGAAAUGUACCAAUUUUUAUCUCUAUAAUAAUUUGAUUUUAUCAGUGAUGUAAACAAAAUUCUUUCUUUCUUAAAGUCCGCAUAUGAAUAUGCAUGGUUACAGUUUUUUUUAAACUACUAACAAUCUUUAAAAAUCACUUCCAUUGAGUUUGUCACAGAGGAGGUUCUUACUUUCUUCGAGGCAUUUGGUCAAUAACUUUUAUUAAAUUUCUGUACUGUUUUAUCAUCAUCUGAUAAUUUUAGUUUUAAUAUUAAUAAAACUAGUAGAACUAGCAUUUCUUUACCCACCAAUAAAACUAUAAGUUCAUAUACCUGUAUAAAUAUAACUUAGUAUAGUAAAUAAAUAUUUCUUCUCAUUCUUGAACAUGCUAAGCACAUAUCCCAAUUCUCAUUUAAGUCAAAAUGGUGCCAAUGCAGUAACAAGGAGGGGGUUAUUGAACUCUCUUGGGGCUUGGAUCACACUAUUUGAUAUUACGAAAUGUAUAUAAGAUUAUGUUAUAUAACGAUCCAAACUUACUUAGUUUACAAUAUAAACACUCAACAGUAAAAAAUUACUGUGUGUUGCUCACGCGAGUUCUAGAUCGACAUCUGGUACCUCAAAGUUACGAUAUUUUGUCACGUGUUAAUAUGUUUGGGUUUUCAUAUAAUAAAAUCAAAAUCCUGUCUCCGUUAACUUAAACAUCAGCCUUCGGAGCGUAUUUUCAUUUAAAAUAUUGAUUUUAUUCUAACAUUUAAAGUAUUUUACAUAUAGUGGAUAUUAUAAUAUACUUAUAAUAUCUAGUUUGUAUUAGCUAUAUCGUGUAUUCUUAGAUUAACUCAAAACUUCUCCAAAAUGUUUCAUUUCAUUGUCACUGUCUAUUUUUUAUUAUUAAAAUAAAUUAUUGCUUUGAGCAACUAUGUAUUAAACGUUUUAUUGAAUAUUUUCUUACAUAAUCUUGCUUUUAAUUGAGUGACAGUUGAGGCUUAUAAUCGCAUAAUCAUGAGUAAACUAAA